CGGGGCGCUGCUGGCCCUCCCCUGGACCCCAGCCUCUGCCUCCGGACCCGGAAGGCCGAGAAGGAGCCGCGGUCCGCAACCCUGAGCGCCAACCAUGGGCCCGCGCCGCCGGAUCCGCAAGCCCGAAGCCCCAAGGAGGCGCGCCGCGAGCCCGGCUCCCACCCCACCCCGGCCGGGCCCAUCCUUAGGCGCUUCCUCCCGUCCACUUGCUCGCCGGAAACAUCGGGUUCUGAAGGAGAUCCGAACUCUUCAGAAGAGCACACACCUGUUGUUAAGGAAGAACCCCUUCGGCCGCCUGGCAAGAGAAAUAUGUGUUAUAUUCACUCGUGGUGUGGACUUCAAUUGGCAAGCCCAGGCCCUGUUGGCCCUACAAGAGGCAGCAGAAGCGUUUCUAGUUCAUCUCUUUGAGGAUGCCUAUCUCCUCUCCUUACAUGCCGGCCGUGUCACUCUCUUCCCGAAGGAUGUGCAGCUGGCCAGGAGGAUCCGAGGCAUUCAGGAAGGGCUCGGCUGAGCUCCUGCCACCCGUGACUCUGGAUGAUACCAGGGACUCUGCCCGUAACUAGGGCCAGAUCACGGAGUACAAGGUGCUGCCUGGACUUGCUGUCUCUGAGCAGAGUGUGUGUGUUGCUUUUGUAAUUAGGUUUUUUGAAGAAGGAGAAGACUGCAUGACUUUCCUCUGUAACAGAGGUAAUACAUGACAGAAUGAACACAUUCCAAAAGUCCUGACAAUAAUU